AUUUGCGAAGGAUUAUGAAUGAGCCCGACUACGACUGCCAAUUGUUGGAAUCGUCGAGUAAGUCUGAUGAUCCGCCACUUGGAUUGCAAGAUGAUCGCGAAGGACUGCGCAAUGAAUUUGCCUGCGACUGUCGUCUUUUGAGAUCGACUAGUAACACUGACGAUGCAUCAUACAGACCGAUGAUGCUGAUGAUGCCGAUGAUGCUGAUGAUGCGUCAUAUAGAUCGCAUUGUGAUCGCGAUGGAUUGAUCUAGCGCACAUGACUUGGUCAUUGCAUAUGUCAAGUUGGCCGGGUUGGUGCGCACCAGCAAGAUCUAAUAAACGCGCGGGCGAAAGAGGUAUGCUGCUGGUGCCUGAUCGUGAACCUGCUCGGCUUUCGAGCCACACGCUCUGCUGGCCACAGAGUAGAGCUAAUAACAAAUUAGGGUUUGCCUUGCUGCGUGGAGCGCUGCUGAUGACAUGCUCGUGCGCGCAUUGGACGUUGGAAAGUCUCAACCGAGGAGUCGAGAGAGUACCAACUCACUGCCUACUUGUCUUUUUUUGCUUUGACUUCCUGAUCUCGACGUUGCGUUUUGAUGUGCGGAUCGUAUUGGAUGGAGGUCAGACCAUAUCUCUUUUGAAGUCCAUUCGUGAUUCAAGCUCCGACACCGCGCGCAAUACGCGCUGCAUGCGUGGUACUGCACUCGCUCGAACCACGCAACAGCGGGCCUGCUUCACAGGCCGGAGGUCGAAAGAUACGAAGGAAGCCUUUCCAGCCCGAACUGGACACUCUUUUGUUUGUUGAGUAGCUGUGAGUAUGAUUCGAGGAGAAGUGGAGCUACCGGAAGGUCAGCAGUAGCACACAACCUCGCGUCGGUCGAUACCACCGCCUAGGG